CGGCGGCUCUGCGGCCAAUCGGCUGCCUGCUUCUUCGGGGGUGCGGUGGUCGCUGUUCCUGCGCCCCGCCGUGAACUGCUGGCACAGGCUGUCGCCGCCGUCGCUGCCUGAGGUGUCGCGGUAGCCUCAGCAGCCUGGCCCUGCCCCGGUGUCACUGAGGAUGAGCCCCUGCGCUGCCCAGCGCCCGUCCCACCCUGCCCGCCCGAGUCCAUUCAUCUAGCGACUGGUCUCCCUUGCAAUUAUGGAGUUUUAGAAGAAUAAGGUAGUGUGGAGGGGGAAUCCCCCUCUCCACACUUGAGGUAGUUCACUUUUGGAAUUUUCUACGGACAAGAAUAUUUGUUAUAUAAGAUGGUGAAAUAAGACUUCUAAAAAAUAUAUAUUUAUAAAUAUUUAUUUGGAUCAAGUGCCAAAUAUAGCAGUACAAAAACUUCUAAUGGCAGCUCAAUAAAACUGGACUUACAUCCUUGGAAUUACAAGUUUUUUAAGGCACUGUGUUGUGUACUGAAUUGGAGUGCCUUGAUAUACUUAAGGGGUCGUUCCCCUUAAGAAGAGGAGCAGCUUCAAAAGUGAAGAUGAAUUCUCUCAUGCCAGACUGCACUUCAAAGUGUCGAUCUCUACAGCAUGCUUUGGAUGUUAUUUCUGUGGUAACCAGAGGAAGUGAAGGCCAGAUCAAGGCCUUUCUCUCUUCUUACUGCUACAAUGCUGCAACUAUAAAGGAUGCCUUUGGUAGAAACGUUAUACAUCUUGCUUCAUCUUGUGGCAAAAAAGGUGUGCUAGACUGGUUGGCUGAGACCAAAGGAGUAGAUCUCUUGGCAAAAGACAAAGAGUCUGGAUGGACAGCUUUGCACAGAAGUAUAUUCUAUGGAUACAUUGAUUGUGUUUUGUCAUUACUGAAGCAUGGCGUUAGUCUGUAUGUUCAGGAUAAAGAAGGCUUAUCAGCCCUGGAUCUUGUGAUGAAGGAUAGGCCAAUCCAUGUGGUCUUCAAGAAAACCGAUCCCACUGAGGUCUACACCUGGGGAAACAAUAUAAAUUUUACUUUGGGUCAUGGUGGUCAACAGGGUAAACAUCAUCCUGAAUUGGUGGACCUUUUUCCUCGGAAUGGCGUGUAUAUCAAACAGGUGGUACUCUGCAAAUUCCACUCUGUAUUCCUUUCCCACAAAGGUCAAGUGUAUACAUGUGGACAUGGACAAGGAGGACGCUUGGGUCAUGGUGAUGAACAAACAUGCCUGGUUCCAAGACUUGUGGAAGGCUUAGCUGGCCAUCAGUGCUCCCAGAUAGCUGCAGCUAAGGAUCAUACAGUUGUUUUAACAGAAGAUGGAUAUGUUUACACAUUUGGCUUAAAUACUUUCCAUCAAUUGGGUAUUCUUCCUCCUCCUGCUAAUUGCACUGUUCCUAGACAGGUUCAGGCAAAAAACCUGAAAGGUAGAAUGGUGAUUGGAGUGGCGGCAGGCAGAUUCCAUACAGUGCUAUGGACUAAGGAAGCAGUGUAUACCAUGGGGCUGAAUGGCGGCCAACUAGGUUAUCUGCUGGAUCCGAAUGGAGAAAAAUGUAUAACUGCACCUCGCCAAGUUUCUGCUCUACAUCAUAAAGAUAUCUCUGUGUCCUUGGUCUCUGCAAGCGAUGGUGCUACAGUAUGCGUUACUGAAAGAGGAGAUAUUUAUUUGCUUGCAGACUAUCAGUGCAAAAAGAUGGCUUCGAAACAACUGAACCUUAAAAAAGUUCUUGUUAAUGGUGGAUAUUUGGAAUAUAAGGUAGAUACCCAGCAUCUUAAAGAAAACGGGGGUCAGAAGAUUUGCAUUCUAGCACUGGAUGAAGCUGGAAGAGUGUUUUGCUGGAAGUCAUCUAACAACUCCAUGAAACAGUGUCGUUGGGUGUAUGGCCGGCAAGUCUUCAUGUCCGAUGUUGCUUUAAAUAGGAAUGAAAUAAUGUUUGUCACACAGGAUGGUGAAGCCUUUACAGGGAAGUGGCUGGAAGAAGGGAAGAAAGUCUCAGAAAAGAAAGAACUUGUAUCAAGCCUUCAGAAUUCUUCAUGUGAUGUGUCUUGUGAACAUGAUGCAAACAGCGUGUAUGAAAGAAUUCGACUUCAGAAGCUUACUUUUGUCCACCGAGCUGUUAGUAUUGCCACCGAUCCUAAUGGCUGCAAUUUUGCUGUUUUACAGUCAGAUCCUAAAACAAGUCUCUAUGAAAUUCCAAGUGUGUCAUUAUCAAGUUUUGGAGAGGAUUUUGGCAAACUGUUAGAUGAAACAGAUGAAAUGGACAGCAUCCAUGAUGUGACUUUUCAGAUUGGCACAAGAACUUACCCUGUGCACAAAUACAUCUUGGCUGUACGCUCCGAAUUCUUCAAGAAGCUGUUUGUUUCCAGUGACAACCAGCUAGACACUCCAGACGUCUACCGUAAAGAUGAAGAUGCUGUUGGAUGUGAUCUUUAUGUAAUAGAGAAAGUUCAUCCAGAUCUGUUUGCGUAUCUUCUGCAGUUCAUAUACACUGAUACUUGUGAUCUUCUGACUCACGGUUACAAACCAAAAAUCCUGCAUAAAGGAAAAUCGGAAGAAUAUCAAGAUACUUUAAUUUCUAACCUGAGCAAAAUGAGUUUUGAUGAAAAUGUUAAUGGAAAGUCUGCAUUUGAGAUUUAUAGAAAUAAUCAAGUGCAAGUUAUAAAUGAAAAACAGAAGAGCAAAUCUAAAAAAGGCAAAGUUGUUGGUGAAGAAGCUAACCUCAUAAAAAUGUUGCAAAGUGCUGCAAGGAAGUUUGGACUCAGCAAUUUAAGUGGCAGGUUGGAUGGAGUCAGGUUAGAAAACGGAAAAAUUAACGUUGUCAACAAGAAGAAUGGGAACAAACCGAAGUUACAUCAGAAGAAAUGUUCAUACCUCUGCGAUGUGACACUGAAGUCUUUAGAUGGAAAGGAAUUCCCAUGUCAUAAGUGUGUACUUUGUGCAAGACUUGAUUAUUUUCACAGCAUGUUAAGCAGCUCCUGGAUUGAGGCUUCCUGUUGUUCAGCUCUGGAAAUGCCAAUCCAUUCUGACAUACUGCAGAUAAUUGUAGAUUACCUGUAUACAGAUGAAGCUCUUGCGAUAAAAGAUUCUCAAAAUGUGGAAUUCAUAUGUAAUGUUCUUGUGGUAGCAGAUCAACUUCUUAUAUCCAGACUCAAAGAAAUCUGUGAAGUAGCCAUUGCAGAAAAACUUACUUUAAAGAAUGCUGCCGAGCUGUUGGAGUUCUCAGCAAUGUAUAAUGCUGAACAGUUAAAACUGUCCUGCUUGCAGUUCAUAGGGCUCAAUAUGGCAGCUUUGCUUGAAGCAAGGACUCUGGAUGUAUUAAGUGAUGAAGUUGUAAAGGAUCUUUCUGUUUAUUACAGGAAAAUGAUUCCAGCUAUGGUCAGGAGAGUAAUUACUCCAUAUCCAGAUGGACCUGAUAUAAGUUCUUUUGAGCCUGAGGAAGGAGAGAACUUUGUCUUUUUAAGGGAAGAAAUGAAUACAGAACAAAACUCUCAGGAAGCCCUUUUCAAAAGAGCAAAAACUAAGGCAAAAAAGAAACCACGAAAACGAUCCGACAGCUCUGGAGGAUACAAUCUAUCAGAUAUUAUUCAGAGCCCAGCCUCUACAGGCUCAGUAAAACUGGAUAAAACUAACUCUGUAGAAUCACUUCCAGAACUCCUAACAUCUGACUCUGAAGGUAGUUAUGCAGGAGUGAGUAGCCCCAGAGACUUGCAGUCCCCUGACUUCACAAAAGGAUUUCAUCCAGAGAAGACUGAGAUGAAGGACAAAGCAUGCAGUCAGGGUAUGAAACCCUCUCAGCCUAACAAGGAGUUGAAGUUGUACAAGGGAUCAUCAGCACUGACGCAGUCUGUUCCACAGUGCAUUCCCAGUGCUAAAAACAGUUCUGCAAGCUCUCCCAAUUGGGUAGCAACCAGUUUCAGCCCUGCCAGCCCUCCUGCUAUGGAUCUCAGAACCAUCAUGGAAAUUGAAGAAAGUAUGCAGAAAUGUGGAACCAUGCCAAAGGCAAAUUCAGGCAGAAUGGCAUCUCAUGGAAUCAAGCUUUCUCAGAAGCAAAGGAAAAUGAUUGCCCUGGCAGCAAAGGAUAAUGGGUCAAUAACUAGCAGCACAGAGCCUACUACAUUAAUAACCACACCACCUCCACCUACAAAAGUUGCGAAACUAGGGAAUGCAUGGUCAUCUUCAUUGCAUUCUGCUUUGCCAAAGUCAUUCCGUGAUCUUGUAAUGGAAGAAGAAAAAUGCAUGAGUGCGAAUAAUUCAUCUGGUACUGGUAUCAAAAGAGCUGGAUGUAAAGGAACUGAGGAUUCAUCAGUCCAAAACACCACAAGUCCUUGGUUAUCAGCAUCACCAUCUAGCUCUCCUGUGAUAGCACCUGUCAUGUUUUCAGCUAUUGUAGAAGAGGAGCUCCAGCAAGAAGCUGCUCUUAUUAGGAGCAGAGAAAAACCUUUGGCUUUGAUCCAGAUCGAGGAAUGUGCUAUUCAAGAUUUAUUAAUCCACUAUGAAGCUUUUGACAACCCUGAUGAAUUUGUGACUGUUGAAAGGGCUCCGCAGGGACCUAUAGCAGCACCUAUGUGGAACAAGCACUAAUUUGUACUCUUCACAGUCCGUGUUGUAUGUGCACUUCUGAAGUUCUAAUCCUGGUUACAAGUAAAACAGGACUGGAAGAACAGCAAUCAUGUAAUUUUUAACAUCAGCAUUAAAACACUGCACAUGACCACUAGGUAUUUGUUAGGGAGAAUGGAAGUAGUGUGUUCACUGUGUCCUUUACCCACAGUAGAUAUUGUAUGUAUGUUUUGAGAGAAUUUCUUUAACAAAACAUAUUAUUAGUAAUGUUACAUGAAGCUGUAGAUUGGAAAUGUACUUGCUAAUCUUAAAUUGUGAGGGUUUUUUGUUAAAUUCACAGAUGGCUGAAAAGCGAGUGCUUAUUUUGUGAUUUAAUGUGGAAUUGAAUGUGUGGAAUUAUACAUCUUUAAAGUCAGGGGAGGGGGGUUAUGUUCUUCAGAGCUUCCUGGCAAAUUGGGAAUAUUGGAAAAAGCUUGUGCUUGAACUUCACGUAAAAGUACAGUUUGAUAAUGCAGUUUUCCUUAAGUUGUGUGUAAGUACGGGCUCUCUGAUUGUUGCGGCCAGUGCUUCUUGCUGUCAUGCUCCACCAUGAACCUCUAUGCUGUACCGAAGUGCCCUGCCGUUGCCUGCCCUCAGUUCGGUUGUGCAUGUUUUUUCCCUGUCGUGAGGCUGGCCUUCGAGCAGUCAACUCUGUUGUGAAGUAAAGCACGCAGGUGAAGAGAAUGUGGUGGCACUUAAUGAGCUCAUCUUAUAGUCUUAUUCCGGUAAAUAUGGUACAGUUUUAGAACCACUGUGUUUUAAGGAACAAUUCACCUGAAGUGCUGAGGAAAUAAAAGAUCUGUGUAUUCAUCGUUAAAGCUAUAGGGACGAAUGCUUGACUGUGGAAUUUGCAAACACCUAACCUUCAAAGAUUAUCAUAGGUGGCUUUCAGUAUUGUGUGUUCCAAAGUUCUCUGUGCCUGGUUUAAACAAAUUUACAUAUAUAUAUAUAUAUAAAAACAAAAAGUAAAAAAAAAGUAGCCUUAUCUGCAAUAUUCUGUCUAGUUUGUUUGUAUAGGUGUUUUUGAACUUGUACUUUUUCAGUAGUGUCAGUACUCACAAACUCUGGAAAACUGGAAUUGAGAGAGCUACAGAAAAUGAAUGUAGAGCGUUGAUCACUGUGUGAUAAAAAAAUCUUGGGGAAAAAAACCAAACAACUAUGUAGAUAAGUUUAAUGGUUUCAGGUCAAGCUACACCAAAAAAUCCCCCGUAAGAAUUGUAAACAAAUGCAAUAAACCAUAAAGUCUUGAUUUACACUAAGAUAAUGUACUUUUAUGUGCUGUGUAUAUAUAAUCAACGCUUUAGGUAACUAUAAAGUAAUCUAAAAGUAUUUCUUUUGUGUAUGAAACAAGAACUGUUGGCAUUUUGAAGCUACACAGGCAAAGGAAGAUGUAGCUUUUAAUUCUAUUUUUAAAUUCUACUGGUGAUUCAUUCACUAUACUGAUGAGAAUGCUCGCAUUAAGCGCUUUACUUGAUGCACUGCAGGGCCUUAGGGCCUGCUGAAACUGUCUUUUGGAAUUAAAAAACAACCAUGGGAAAUAGCUAUAAAACCAGUGGGCCUUUCCAGGUACGAACCCAAGUUGUUCUCCAAUAUAAAAUCAUUGCAGAGGUCCUAAUUUGCAUUUUGAUAUUUUUUUUUUCAAAAUCGAUUAGAACAUGCUGUUUAAAAUGUCAUUCUCCUGACAUUAUAAGAGGAUUCGUGCUUCCACUGUGCCAAGAAGCUUGACUGCUUAUAGGUUCUGGGUUUAUUGUAGCAGUUUGUUUAUGCAUCAUCACUGGUUAUACUUAAUAUUCACAAACAACAGUGAGGAACAAUCAGUGUACCACUCUUCUAAAACUGAGAAUGUUUUGGUUUUUUUUUAAACUGUGUUAGAACAGCUUAAAGUUAAGGCUGAAACGUGUCACAGAAAGCUGUGUAAACUUGCAGAUGCCAUUUUUAUUUGUCUGAAAACUUGGAAAUUAACAGAGUUUAAAAUGUCUGAAGCGUACAUAAGAAAUUCAAAUUAUAGUGGGAACAGAAAUAAAAGUUUCUAAAUCCCUGGAUACACCCUGGGGAUAGCUUAUG